GAUCCAGAAGCCAAGUAGACGCUUUCUGAAGAGAAAAAUAGGUGUUUAAAAAUAUUGGAUACCUAAUCUCAUCAAGGCUUAAGGGAAGAACGUUACAAAUCUGUAAACUAUGGCUCCGGCCAUUUUGUCCUCUUUGGCUAUAGCACAUGAGGCGAACUUCCCAGUUAUGAUUAUGGAGCAUUCUGAGUCACGAAGUUCUUGUUUCAGUUCGUACUUACUUGAAUUUUCAGUUCAAAUAUUGUUUGAGCUGUUAUUCAGUAUUCAAAGAUUCCAUAAAGCCCUGUACUUUAAAAUAAAAAGUUGUUCCCAUACUAACUGCUUUAAAAAUGUAUUUGUAUCUCUCCAGAGAGCUGUCAGGAUUUCCAAUACGUUUGUGUCCAGGUCACUUAUCUGAAUAGACAACUUUACCAUACCACUCGAAUAGUCAAAGAGUAAGUUUGAUUAUAAACUGUCCCCUGAGUUUUGAAGCAGUAUCGCCCCUGUGGCGUAGGAGUGUUAACAGGGUGGUAGAGUAUGGAGAUGGGGUGGACGAUGAUUCUAAAUUCUCUAAAAUAACAAAACCACAGUGCAGGUAUAUGGUACCAUUAGACUGACUGGAAUCUGAGUACAUUUUUGAGUUGAGUAAUUCAUGACAUUUUUCUGGCCUGCGUGCUGUGACUUUUCCAACCUGUGAACUGUGAUCUGCCUGGAAACCUAGCUUGGUGUAAAUUGCUCUUUACCCCUCGCGGAUGAAGAAAAUAAUCGUGUAACCAGAACAGUUUGCAUCUAUGUGUGCUUUGUUGGCAUCACGUACUCCUUCCCCAUUCCUAUUUUGGAGGCCCUCAAAUGGAUCUUCUGGUUUAUGAGUGUCAAAUGUAUUUUUGUAUUAGAUUUUGCCUAUGAUGAAAGAAAUCUCUAAUGUAUAUUUAUGUACUCUGAACACACUUAUGAGUUGACACACUUUGGAGGCAUGGUCUAAUAUAUGUACCUUUGUGGUUAAAAUAUUCAAGAUUUUUUUUUAUUAGGUUAGGUGUCUUUUUGAUUUUAGCACACGAUAGCUAACUAUUUGACCAAGUGAAGUAUUUCAGAUGUCACAGAGAAGUAGGAAUUUAUUGUUGCAUAUUGUACAAGUCAGUUAUUUAUAGAAUUUGCAUUUUUAGACUUCUGCCAACUAAAAGGACAGUGUGUAUCUGAUUUCUAAAAUACACACACAUGUGUGCAUUUCUUUGCUGUAUAACUUUCCUAGUCGAUUGCUUCCGUAAGCAAAUUGUAGUGGCAAGUAUACAAAUAUGGCUCUGCACCUAUGAAGAUACACAUUCAUAGUCAUGAAGUACUGUUUGGUAUUCUUACGUUUUUUAGAAUCCUGUUGGUAUAUUUUGCAGAAAAAAGUGGUUAAGCUCAGCUCAUCCUAAGAAGACACAUAGUAGAGGGAGGAGACUUAGAAGCUAAGAAGAGGAAAUCCAGAAAGAGAAAAGUACAGCAGGGGGUGGGGGGUCAGGAGAAUGGAAAGUUGGUCCAUAGAAGAUAUGCCCCUUCUUCAGUAAAGUGUAAAUCACCCAGUGCACAUUGUACUUGGCUUUCUUAUGAAGACGAGUCGGGGCUGCGUUGUAGCUCCUACUUGCCUGGGAGUAUUGUAACCUGGGCGAGCUCUGGGUUACACUUUCUCCAACCACACGUCAGUGGUUCACAAAUUCUAGUUUUACAAAUCAGCCCUAUUUUGAGAAUCUGAUUCAGUAGGUACUAGGUAGGGCUUAGGAAGGCAUUUUUAACAAGCUCCUAAAAAUUAUUCUAAUUCAGGUGGUUUAAAUUAGUGAAACGCUGCCCUAGGUUAUCAUCUUUUCUUAAGUAUUUUGUAUAGCUGAGAGACGAGACCAACACAAACAGAAUUCUAUAGCAAGGGCUGUGUUCACAGAGUGUAUUACGGGGCCAAUGAGGAAAUGCUUCUAACUGAUUGGCUUUCUAAAGUAGGAUAUUCCUGAGCUGAGUUUUAAAGAAGGAUGUAGUCAGGUGAAAAUGGACUAAAUGAGAUUUGAAUUAUGCAGAGGUCCCACCAGGAACCUUGAACUUCUGUAAGGGUAGAAGCAGGGAGCAAUGGAAAACAAAGUAGAUUUGCGUUCUGCCUUUAGAUCCCUAGUGACUAAAAGGGAGGACAAGAAGAUUGUAAAACCACAUGAAAUCAUUAGGAGUUCUAGAAAUCAAAGCAAAUGGUAGUUUGAAAAUUCUUGGUUAAAUGUUUUCACUGUAACAAUUUGCAUUUCAGAAGGACUUGGACAAAACAAUUAUUGAAGAAAUGUGGAAAGAGUAAGGGCUUGACGUGAGUCUGAGAUAUUCUGCACAGUACCUAAUACCUGUGUGUCCAAGAUGGCCUGUCAAGUUUCGGCUACAUGAGCAUAAAUGUCUCUAAUUCCUGAAGAUACCAUAAAUGGGGUUUGUACUUGGGGUUUUUAGUAGGUCAGUUUCUAUCUUUGAUGGUUAAAUGUAUUAUGAACCAAACCAUUAGAAAUCAUGACCACUUCAUUUCACUUUUAAUCUACGAAAGUGGGCCUGGGGGUAAUGAUGAAGGACAAAAAAUGUACCACCUGCAGACCUGUCAUCACAAAGUCUAAAAUUAGCAUUUCUCCUUUUAAAAUCUUCAUGAGAAGACGGAGCCUGCCACAUAAGGGGCAUUUGGUAAUUAUUAUAUGGAUGAAUUAAUAUCCAUAGAAAGUGCUCUGUGCAGCAUAGAUGUAGACUAGGGCCUCAACGUUGCCUCUUAUUUUUAAGAGCUCUGGAAGCCUUAACAGCUUGAGUUAAAAAAAAAAAAAUGUUUUUAUCAGAUAGAUGCCCCAAGGAUGUUAUUUGAUGAUUUCCAGUGGUUCUUGUUUUUUAAAUAUUUGAAAAUGGAUGCCAAUGAAGCCUGUUUGGAAUUUGGUCCUCGUGUUUUGGUGUAUCGCAGGCAAACCUGCGAGCCUGGAUGGGUGAGAGGGCGGGUAUUGGAAGGGGUCAGCCUUCCACUCCUUUGGUCCGAACCGCGGCGGCCGCUGCCAGUGUGGUUUGGGGAGGAUGGGGUGUGCCUGAGGCGCUGCAAGAGCCCAACUAGCGGAAACUGGGAAUUUCAAGAUUAAUACCAAGUUCUCUUUCCACAGGGGAUUUUCUCAAAAGGGAAAGUACUGUGUUGCAUGAAAUCAUUCGUUCUCUUUAGUGUUUGUUACCGUGACAAAUUAUUCUUCGAAAAGGUGACCGAAAAGAGUGUAUCAUCACGUUGGGGUGGGGGAGUAGUGUGAAGAGGCGCGGCGGUGACGGCGACAACUGCCAUAAAUCUAUUUCUCUUUCCUUCUACAACAGCUCUUAUUUUAUAUUGAGCGACCAAAAGUGAAGAGGCUGUUGCCUUGACCGACUCCUGGCCGUUUGAAAAUGCCAGUUUCCCUACGUCUCUUCGUAUUCUGUCAGAAAAGGCGAGGCGCGCCCGCCCCACCAGCGGACUUCCAGCCUUUGUCCCCUUCGCCUCCCCAUUGGCUGGGGGCGCUGAGGCUCCGCCUCCUUCCGUGGCCGCGGGAGCCCUCAGCGCGGGGAGGGGCUUUGUGACGCACGGCCUGACGUCCGCAGGGGUAUAAAGGCCCCCGCUGGGAGAGCGGGGUCCUACAGGAGCCGCCGGCAAGGGGGCUACGAGGAACCUCUUAGCGCGUAGCCGGAAAGGAGAAGUUGAGAUAGACAUCCUGCUGAAAUGAUUUCUUCAAAGCCCAGACUCGUUGUACCUUAUGGCCUCAAGACUCUGCUUGAAGGAGUUAGCAGAGCCGUUCUCAAAACCAAUCCGCCAAACAUCACUCAGUUCGCAGCAGUUUAUUUUAAAGAACUUAUUGUGUUUAGAGAAGGGAAUACUUCUCUGGAUAUAAAAGAUCUUGUUAAACAAUUUCAUCAGAUUAAAGUAGAGAGGUGGUCAGAAGGAACGACACAAGAGAAGAAAGCAGAAUGCAUAAAAGAACAGGUAGGAACAUCUGUAGUUUCCCAAGAACCUACACGGAUGGAGAAAUCCACGGACACAGAGGAGGACAAUAUAGCUGGACCACUAUUUAUGAACAAAACCACUCAGUUCCCAUCAGUUCACUUGGAGAUGCUCCAGGAGCCUGAGGAGACACCCGAAGCAGCUCGUGGUUCCAGUUCGAAACCGUCUACCCCUAAGGUUAUGACCCCACCCUCAUCACCACCUCCAGCAGCCGUGUCACCCGAGUUCGCUUAUGUCCCAGCGGACCCAGCUCAGUUUGCCGCUCAGAUGUUAGCCAUAGCAGCAAGCGAAGCAGGACAACCACCACCAUACUCUAACAUGUGGACCCUUUAUUGUCUAACUGAUAUGAAUCAACAAAGUCGCCCAUCACCGCCACCUGCACCUGGGCCUUUCCCCCAAGCAACCCUCUAUUUAUCUAAUCCUAAGGAUCCACAAUUUCUGCAGCAGCCACCGAAAGUUACUUCUCCAACUUACGUGAUGAUGGAUGACAGCAAGAAGACCAGUGCCCCACCUUUUAUUUUAGUAGGCUCGAAUGUUCAGGAAGCUCAGGAUUGGAAACCUCUUCCUGGACAUGCUGUUGUUUCUCAGUCAGAUGCCUUGAAGAGAUACGCUGCAGUCCAAGUACCCAUUGCUGUUCCUGCAGAUCAGAAAUUCCAGAAACAUACCCCAAAUCCCCAGAAUGGUAGUCCUCCUCCAAGUGGACAAGAUGUCCCCAGGCCACAAAGCCCAGUUUUUCUUUCUGUUGCAUUCCCAGUAGAAGAUGUAGCCAAAAAAGGUUCAGGAUCUGGUGACAAACGUACUCCCUUUGGAAGUUAUGGUAUUGCUGGAGAAAUAACCGUGACUACUGCCCAUGUUCGCAGAGCAGAAACUUAAAACUGAUGCUGGAAACGCCGUUUGAGCCAACGUUCAAGGUGGAGUCUGCCACCGAGCGUACUUUGUCAAUAAACUUCAUGCAAGCA